CAUCGCAGGCAUUUAGAAAUAAGACAAUGCAUGGGUGCAUUAUCGUAUAGACCAGACGCUAUAAUUAGUUCAGGUUAUAUUUCCACAGGCGUCGAGGUGCGCCGCUCUCGGGGGAUGCCGUAUUGUCGGAUGUAAGGAGGGCGGCGACGACGGUUUAGUUCCGUCUCUAGCUAACGAUGGACGCGAUAAUCAUCAUACUGCAUUCUCCUAGUCAACCAUUCUUCCUUGGCGCGUAAGUCUGGAGAGGCUUGUCAGCUGUAUGACACAUACAACUAAUAUUAGACGUGCGGGGGAGAGUCGAUGUCUGCAUUCGUAAGGUGCCUUUAUAUACCUAUGUGGUAUAUAGCUCCAGCAAUGCAGUUGAAGUAGCUAUUAAUCGGAAUCGAACCGCAGACAACGAAGACUACAUCUGGUCGCACUUAACUGUGCCCUGAAAAUGUCACUCUGCUUAACGUGCUCGAGUCUCGACCUAGCUGGGGUCCUACGGCGAGCAUUGGUCGCCUCGGCGAGGACCGAGGAAGAAGACAGCGGCGACGAAGUGGAAAUAAAGGGAUGGCACUCUCACGGCCGUGACGUUUUCAAUUCGGCCGCGGAUUGCCAGCUAUGCGGACUCAUCUCCAGAGGUUGGAGGAGCUCUCGCUUAAAGGUCAUUGAACAGAAUUUUAGCGAGGCGACGUUCGACCCCGAAACUCCUCCCGAAGACCUUCACGACGAUAUAGGGGACAUCGACGCGUACUGCGACGGGCAAGUAGAUGUCCAAAUUACGAAGAGACGCCGCUUUAGUAGCGAAGGCGAGAAGUUGAGCUUUAUUUUAACCGUGUCGUGUAACCCCACGUCUUCAGGCUCUUGGGAGGUACACGAUGGACUGGAGGCCGAGUGUAGGAUCACUCAUCCCGCUGGGGGAGGGGACUGCGGAAAGGGUGGCGAUCUCGACAUCGGGGUUGCGGUUGGGGAAGACCCCAUGUCCGCCGCGGCUAUUUGCACUGCAAAAGCCUGGCUGCAGACCUGUCUCGAGCAGCAUGAGUCGUGCUGGCCCGAACUUCCAGUUCCUGCUGUGCCCACGCGGCUUCUUGACGUUGGCGAUGGAGCACACGACGACCGGAUCUUCCUCCUGGACGGCAGCGCUGCAGUCGACAACCGUUACGUGGCCCUGAGCCACUGCUGGGGUAUCGCGCAGCAGCUGCGUACGACAAAGGUUUCGCUCGAGAGCCACCGGCGCGAGGGCAUCUCUGGAGAUCGGCUUCCGUGUACCUUCCGGGACGCGGCGCGCGUCGUCCGCGCCCUCGGCCUACGCUACGUCUGGAUCGAUAGCCUGUGCAUCGUACAGGAUGACGUCGAGGACUGGCGCCGCGAGGCCGAGCGCAUGGCUGACGUGUACCGCAAUGCGCACCUCGUCCUGGCUGCGGCGCGCGGGGCCUCGGAUGACGAGGGGUUCCUCGGCCCGCGACCGCUCGGCGGCGGCCGCGUCGAUUUCGUCACCGCGACGCGGGACAGUAGCGGUACAGGAGGACGGCGUCUCGUUCUCCAUCUGCUGCCCUCUUCGCCGCCGGAUGACCACGCGCAUCCCACCGACGGCGAGCCCCUGAGCCUCCGCGCGUGGUGCCUACAAGAGCGGUACCUCGCGCGCCGCGCUAUACACUACGGUGCGCGGCAGACCUUCUGGGAGUGCGCACGGACGCGCGUCGCCGAGGACGGCGACGCCUGUUCGCUACCCGGCGAUCAGCUCUCGCGUGUGGCGCGGUCGGCGGGCGUGCCGACAACGGUGUUUAACUUGUUCUCACCACGUGGGGCAGCUACGGCUGGCGAUGGUGACGGCAAUAACGACAAGAAUGAUGAUGUGGAUGAGAACGGUGGGGAUGGCGACGGAGAUGAGGGAGACGAUGUAAUCGCCAAUUACGCAGACUGGUACGCCAUGAUCGAGGAGUACACGGGCCGCGGCAUCACGCGGGACUCCGACCGGCUGCCGGCCUUGCUGGGGCUGGCGCACGCACUCGGCGCGGUGACUGGCGACCGCCACAUCGUCGGGAUCUGGUUCGGCGGGCUACUCGAGGGCCUGGCGUGGUGCGCGGCAGCACCAUCUUCGUCGCCGUCAUCAUCGUCGCCCCCAGCAGAGGAGGAGGCCGGACCGCUCACCCGCCCGGUAGACUAUCCGGCGCCGUCGUGGUCCUGGAUCGCGGUGCGGGGGCGCGUGCACUUCCCAACGUAUGGGUGGCACGCGCAGCGCGCCGGCUGGAAGCAGAGCUGCGCCAACUUUGAGCCGCUCGCCACAUGGGUCGGGCACACGAUCGAGGCUCGCGACGUGCCGACGCUCGGCAGCCGGCUGAUCGACGGCGAGCUGCGGCUCGACGCACCUAUGAUCCGCGUCGCCGACGCAGCGCUGCGGGCACGGAAACCUCCCAUGCCGGCAGAGGGUGUGUUUGGACAAGUCCCCGAGAGGUCGCCCGUCACGGACCGGACCUUCUGCUUCCGGCACAGCGAACGCGAGCUCUGGAUCGACGGCGCGUUCGACGUCGAGGGUGAGGCGGACGCCGCGAGUCGCCAGCUCUAUAUCGUGCUCCUCAUGCGGCUCCCGUUCGUCGUCGAUUUCGAGUUCUUCGAGCACUGCUUCGGGUUGCUCGUCGAGCGCGAGGACGAGGAGCAGCGGCGCGGAGGCGGCGAGAAGUACCGCAGGGUUGGGUUUGUUGAUGGCUGUCUGCUGGGACCCCCGGAACCCCCAACCGCGCCGCAGCCGGACGACUUGCGGGUGUUGGGGUUCCCGAAGGUGAAGGCGGAUAGGGGUGACGGCGACAGUGGCGAGGAGGAACUCAGUCUGAAUUUAUUGGCACACGACCCGAUUCGGCUGGAGAAGGUGCGGGUUGCGCUCGUAUAAGCGACACGCAUGCUAGGUCGAUUGGAGGUUCGAUGUCCUCAGUCCGUUAGGCUUAUGGCUGGCGCGGAUUGCAAAUUUCACGGGGUUUCGAUUCAUUUCAAGCCCCAGCUGUCAUUUCGGGGUAGGGAGCAUCCAUAUAUAUUAUACCCGCGACAAGGUUCACCGGGAACCCGAGAGGAUACAAUGGCCACUGCGACAUUA